UGUAAUAUCAAACAUGGCUGUUUUAAAAUCAAGCUGGAAGAGGUUCAUUUCAUGCUUGGUCGCGGGAUUGUGUUUAAGUGUCGCCCACUCGAAUGCAAGACGCACGGCAGAUGAUAUGACAGCCCUUCUAAACAAACUCAUAAAAGGCUAUGACAAAAGACUUCGGCCAAACUUUGGAGGUGAACCAGUUGUAAUCACCGUUGGAUUGUGGGUAUUAUCCAUCGACUCCAUCAACGUUGUUGACAUGGAUUAUAAACUGGACUUCUUCUUAAGACAGCUAUGGACAGAUCCACGAUUACGCCACGACUGGAAUGAAACACUGGCACUUGGUAAUACUAUGAUGGAUAAACUCUGGGUUCCAGACACUUACUUUGAAAAUUCCAAAAGUUCAAAAUUCCACAAAGUUACCAUGGUCAAUAAGUUGUUAUCCAUAUCGCCAGAUGGGGGAGUCCAUUACAAUGCAAGAGUCACUGUGCGAGCAAGCUGUCCAAUGGACCUGCGGCUAUUUCCAUUUGAUCAACAACAUUGUAAUUUAAACAUCGAGAGCUAUGGCUAUAAUGCUAAUAACAUGCAAUACCGGUGGGAGAAUCGAACGGACAAAGGAGUAGCAGUCAAUAAAAAGCUUGAUGAUAUGCCCCAGUAUAACUUAACCGGCGCCUCGACCAAAAGUUAUUUCACAGUUUAUUACUCAGGAAAUUGGUCCCGACUGGGCGCUUCAUUUGGUUUUGUCAGAAGAUCAGGAUAUUUUCUUAUUCAUAUAUAUGCUCCUUGUGCACUCAUUGUUAUUUUAUCUUGGAUAUCAUUUUGUAUCCCUCCUGAUGCAACUGCUGCUCGCAUUGCCCUAGGAAUAACUUCCGUGUUAACUAUCACGACGAUAUUAAAUAUGCUGAAUACAGCUAUGCCAAAGGUUUCGUAUGUCAAAGCAAUAGACUGGUAUCUCAUUGGCAGCUUUCUGUUUGUGUUUGGUGUGUUAGUUGAGUACACAUUCGUUCUUUGGAUCGUGAACGUUCACAAUAAGAGACUAAGAAGGCUGAUGAUUGAGCAGGAGAUCCAGGAAGCGGAGGAAGAGAAGCAACAUAGCUCGCGGAAGCAUGGGAUGAAUGGUAGCGUCACAAGCAAAAAUACUCGUGAGAGCCAUGGUUAUGAUUACGAACUUUUUGAGAGUUAUAGUGCAUUCAGCGACAAAGCUAAGAAACCCAGCUCACAUCUGUGUGACAGAUCAAAGGCAAAGCGACAUGCUUCCUCCGAAAUGGAGCACAGACCGCUGACCUAUCCCAGAACUCCACAUUGCAGGGCAAGAACAGUUUGUCUCGACCUCAUUGAUCCGGAUUGCAUUGAUGACUAUGCCAGGCUGUUCUUUCCCAUCAUGUUCAUCCUUUUUAAUGUGACAUAUUGGCUUAAGUUUGUUGUGCUGUAAGAUAAGACCUAGGAGAAACAUCAAAGGAAAUUCUUUUUAUUUUUCUAUCGAAAAAUCUAGCAGAAAGCCAAGGACGUCUCCUAAGAGAUGGAAGAACAUCUAACACUAUUAGACUCCCGGAUUGGACAUAAUUCAUAUGUCAAGGGAUUUUUUAUGGCUGUUUCUUUUGGGGCAAUGCAGCAAACAUGUAUCAACAUGAUCGGAAAAUAUAAGAUUGGUGCGAGUUCGCAAAAUGUUUGAAAAUAAUCAGUGAUCACAUACAUAAAUUUUAAAGGAGAUAUUAAUUUUGUGCAAGAAAUUCUUGCUCAGAUCAUGUCUUUGCUGACCUUUGGUAAGGACUACGUAAUAAGGACCUUUGAAAUACAGUUACCUUAUUGAGAGUCCCCAUCUAAUCUUUCAAACGACAGAGCACAUGUAACCUCUUUUACCGUUGUCAUUAUCCUCCCAAAUUGGUAAAAAUCUUAAUCUAUUCAGUUGCUAUAACGUACACUAUGUUUUAUAUUUUCAGUACUGUUCAUUUGCAUGACUGAAGUAAGAGUGUAGGGAAGUGAGAUGCAUGACGCAUGAUACAAUCUAUAGGCGAUGAUGAUAAUGAUGAACUUUGAAUAACUUUGGUAUAGAUAUAAUGAGGAACCUUUCUAUAUCUCAGUCUGACACUUCUUUUUUUAAAAGGCAGAAUCUUGCAAGUUGAAAUGUUUUUCUUACUGCCACGGUUUUUUCCCUAAAAAUCACUAAAUAGGCAAGCAACUAUUACCGAAAUAAUACUGAUAAAGCAAGCAUGAAAUGUAAGUAACUUAGAACAAGCAGCCUCUGGUAUUAGAUUAGCAUUUAAGUGAGAGCGACGUUUGUUGAAGACUUGCGAAAAAAAUUACAAAGAUAGCAACUAUAGCGUGCUCGUUAUGGUAAUAUGACAUCUUUCAUCUCGUAGAUUAUGUUAUUUUCUUGAUCUCAGCGGCGAAAUGUUCUUCCUCGGGAUAAGGUAGUGCUAGCGAUUGCGUAUCUUAACACCAGAAUUAAAGAAAUCAGCCAAUAAAAAAAUAGGAGAAAAUCGCGAGGAACCAAAAUAAUUGACAUGCAAGCUGCAUAAAGCGCGGGAAACGAACGAGUACGUCGCAAGUGUUUCCAGUUUUGCCUCUGUUCUGGUCACUCAACUGCUCAGUAAUGCAAUGUAACUUAGUAUAAGAUGAAACAUUGAACUGAUCGUGGCUGAGGGUCAAUAGGUUAAGCUGUUCCAUGUUUUCCAUCCACGUAUAAAGCAUGAAUUUAAAACAUAUUUUGAACUCAGUAAAAUUUAUGUCAAUUUCGCAACGCCAAUUAGGCCACAACUUGCAUAAGCACUGAGCGAGACUUUUAUAAGGUAAAAAUUAUCAGUAGUGUAGAUGUAUGCUAUUUUAGUGAGGACCAAAUAGUUUACUUAUACUUAACUUAGAAGGA